AUUGAUUUGGCAAGACUUGGAAGCUGUUUGGGUGGAGCCGUGGAGGAGAGACUAGAGACUGAGACUGCAAUUCUUCAUCCUCUAGACUUCUCCGUCAAAACCCACCAGCUAUUUCAGCUCUGUUUUUCUACAAUAAUAAUAAUAAUAUUUACUACAUUUCUUCACUUGAAGCCUGAAGCUUGAUUCCCAAUUCCUUCUCUCAGGCAUCAUCAAACUAACUAAGGAUCUGUGGCCUUGAACAAUGAAUCCUUAUUUUGUUGGUGUCCUUGUCCCUCUUGUAUUCACACUUGUGUUUCGUAAUUCCAAGAAUGGGAAAAAACGAGGAUUACCAGCCAAUGUUGGUGGGGAACCUGGUUUUGCUAUUCGAAAUUACCGAUUUACUUCCCCAGUGAUAACAUCAUGGGAGGGUGUCUCUACACUUGCUGAGCUUUUCGAGUUUACAUGUAAGCGCAACUGGGAGAAAAAGUUGCUUGGAACUAGGCAACUGAUUUCAAGGGAGAUUAAAAAAUCUGAAGAUGGAAGAUCAUUUGAAAAGGUUCAUUUGGGUGAAUAUGAAUGGUUGAGUUAUGGAGAGGUUUUUGAAGCUGUUUCCCAUUUUGCCUCCGGUUUGGCAGUAGUCGGGCAUAAGAAGGAAGAACGUGUAGCUAUCUUUGCUGAUACACGAGCAGAAUGGUUUAUCGCACUGCAGGCUUGUUUCAGGCGCAAUAUUACUGUUGUGACCAUAUAUUCAUCUUUGGGUGAAGAGGCGCUAUGUCACUCUCUAAAUGAGACGGAAGUUACUACAGUCAUAUGUGGGCAAAAAGAACUGAAGAAACUGCUUGACAUUAGUGGACAAUUAGAUACAGUCAAGCGCAUUAUUUGCAUGGAUGAUGAUAUCAUAUCUGGAAGCAGUAACUGGAAGAUCCUCUCAUUCUCAGAUGUUAAGAGAUUGGGGCAGGAAAGCCCUGUUGAUGCUGACAUUCCUCUUGCAGCUGAUACUGCAGUGAUUAUGUAUACAAGUGGAAGCACUGGUUUGCCAAAGGGUGUCAUGAUGACGCAUGGAAAUGUUCUAGCCACCAUUUCUGCUGUCAUGACAAUUGUUCCUGAUAUUGGGUGUAAGGAUGUUUACAUGGCUUACCUGCCACUGGCACAUAUACUAGAGCUAGCAGCUGAGAAUUUGGUAUCUGCUGUUGGUAGUGCAAUUGGAUAUGGAUCCCCCUUGACCCUUACUGAUACAUCGAACAAGAUUAUGAAAGGAACAAAGGGAGAUGCUUCUAUGUUGAGACCAACACUAAUGACAGCUGUCCCAGCUAUUCUUGAUCGUGUUCGAGAUGGUGUCCAUAAGAAGGUUGAUGCAACUGGUGGAUUAUCCAAGAAAUUGUUUGACUUGGCAUAUGCUCGUCGAUUAUCUGCUAUAAACGGCAGCUGGUUUGGAGCAUGGGGUCUUGAAAGACUUCUUUGGAACUUUCUAGUUUUUAGGAAGAUUAGAGCAAUUUUGGGUGGACGAAUUCGCUUUAUUCUGUCUGGAGGUGCUCCUCUUUCUGGUGAUACUCAAAGAUUUAUCAACAUCUGCCUUGGUGCUCCAAUAGGUCAAGGGUAUGGUCUCACGGAAACUUGUGCUGGUGGGACAUUCUCAGAGUAUGACGACAUUUCUGUUGGCCGUGUUGGUGCUCCUCUUCCUUGUUCGUUUAUUAAGUUAAUUGAUUGGCCUGAAGGUGGAUAUUUAAUAAGUGAUUCUCCAAAGGCUCGUGGAGAAAUAGUUAUUGGAGGACCAAAUGUUACUCUUGGAUACUAUAACAAUGAGGAGAAGACAAAUGAAGUUUAUAAGGUUGAUGAGACGGGAAUGAGAUGGUUCUACACCGGCGAUAUAGGGCAGUUUCAUCCUGAUGGUUGCCUCGAGAUUAUUGACCGUAAGAAGGACAUAGUCAAACUUCAACAUGGAGAGUAUGUUUCUCUUGGAAAGGUUGAGGCUGCACUAAUCACAAGCCCAUACGUAGACAAUGUAAUGUUGCACGCAGACUCGUUUUAUAGCUAUUGUGUGGCCCUCGUGGUGGCUUCCCAGCAAGCCUUGGAAGGUUGGGCUUCAAAGGAAGGAAUAACCUUUGGCAACUUUGCAGAGUUAUGCCAGAAGGAGAAAAUAUUGAAGGAAGUUCACGGUUCACUUGUAAAGGCAGCUAAGCAAGCACGUUUGGAGAAAUUUGAGAUCCCAGCCAAAAUCAAAAUACUAUCUGAACCAUGGACGCCUGAGUCUGGCCUCAUUACAGCAGCUCUCAAGCUGAAGAGAGAAGUUAUUAGGAAGGAAUUCUCUCAGGAACUUACUGAGCUCUACUCAUAAAUCAUCGAGGUGUUCCUUUUUUUUUUCUAUGCUGAAACUUUCACAAUUUGGUUGUGUGUUAAAAGAAACAAGUUUGAAAGGCUUACCAUUGUGCCUCGAGUAAUAUCUUAGGGCUUCUUUUUUAACAAUUCGACAAUGGGAUAGGUAAUCAGAUCAAGUUUCACUGGAUCAGAUAUUGAUUGGUUUUGUGCUCAUACCCUUUAAAUUCAAUUUCUUGGUAGUUCUCCUUCU